UUGUGUUGUUUUUACGUGAUUGACGGUGGAUGCGAUCGUAUCGAGGAAAGUAAAAGCAAAGUGCAAGAAUAAACUUUUGACCACAAGAAAAAUUGUAUUAUCCUGAAUUAAUGCAUUUAUUUCGACUCUUUACAUCUUUCGGUUAUCAGUACUUUUGCUUAAGAACCGAAAAAUAAUAAUUUCAAUAAAUUCUGAUUGAAAACAAACCCACGUAUGGGUACAAAAAAGUUGGCGCUUUACUCAAGCAUUCGCCCCCUAAAGUGAGACAAACCUCUGUGUGUGGUGUUUUGUCCGAUUCUCAUCUCUGUCAUUUUUCAAUGUGAUAAAAUCUCAAAAUCGGACAAAAAUUGCCUGCGAAAGUAGUUUGCAAAACGAAAUGACCACCUACGCGACUGAUAGUCAAGGAAAAUUUAUUCCUGCCACACAACGACCAGACGGAACUUGGCGCAAACCGAGGCGUAUUCGAGAUGGUUAUGUUCCCCAGGAAGAGGUGCCUCUGUACGAGAGCAAAGGUAAAUUAUUUGCGCAAAAGCCAUCCCUUCCGCCUGGUCUUCCACCGGAAAUGAUCCAUAAAGCAAAAGAGAAACGAGAAAAGGAGCAGCGCAUGAAACAACAGCGCGAAGCGGAAGCAGCGCGGAGAACGCAUCAGAAUCCUCCUGGCCUUCUGAUAUUACACGAUGAUAAUAAAGCACACCAGCCAACGCAAAAAUCUCGUCCGGCAAAUGUUAAAUCGAAAAAGAAAGCAGUCGAAUUACCAGAUGUCCUGCUAGAACAAAAACAAAAGGAGGAACAGAAGCUAUCCCGUCAAGUGCAACAGCAACAACAGGAACAAAAAAUCAAACCGCAGCACCAACUGAACGAUGUAACAAAGGCGAUUGGCGAGCUCCAAUUGUCUAACAGUAACGCCAAUGACGGACAUUCCGAUCUCAGCAAAAAACUCCGUAAACUACGCAAGAAGAUUCGCGAAAUUGAAGUCAUCGAAGAUCGGUUACGAACGAAUGAAAAUCCCCGUCCAGACAAGGACCAAAUCGAAAAAGCCAAGCGAAAACCGGAAAUCCUAAAAGAGAUUGAAGAACUGGAACGAUGUAUGCCAAAAUGAUGACAGGCCUCCGCUAGUAGCGCUGUUCUAACGGCCAGCUCCAGCACCACCACUACUCAUGUCUCCGUCGCCGGCGCCAGCUUGAGACGGAUGAACUGAUAUUCUCUGUGUACAAACGAAGAGAUACGCUACAUACAAAUAAAAGUCCAGUUAGGGAACUGAUAGGGAUUCGCAAUUUAAGCUCUUAUAGUGUGAGAUAUUUUAGAAAGCAUUUUCUUCCCACAAAUCUGAUAAAACUCCUAAAUACUGUGAAAUCUAUAAAUUUUAUCAGUUUUCAUUUUUUUUAUAGAUUUUUUGAAAGUUCCUUCUGUUGAAGAUACAAUCAGCUAUUUUUUUCUCUUUACAACAGCUAAAAAUAUCAAUGUUUUAAUCGAUUGUACAUGUAAUUCUAUUAAGUGAAAUUAUGUAUAAAAAUAUCAUGCCUGCAUAGCUUAGCAGUUAUAAAUACAAUUUAAGAAUAUAUUUUGAAACAUUGUUGAAUGCAGUCUCGUUUUUAACGGCACUUUUCCGCACCAAUAUAAUUUUACCUAGUAUGGUAAUUCCUAAAGGGACAAAAAUCCAAAACAACUAUGGUAAUUGGAUAAUAUAAAUGUAGACCAAACGAAUGUUCAUUUAAAAAAAAGUAAAACUGUAGGGUGAAAAAUGUUACUCAAAUCUAAACGCCCAUACAGAGGACAGAUACUUUUCCAAAUACAAUCAAACUUCCAACUUUCCAAUUAUCACUGUGUGGAUAUUUAGGUGAUAGAAAUGGUUAGACCUUAUCACCGUUUGUACUAGUAACUCUCGAAGUGUAGAAAGCACGAAAUUCGAGUAAUACUUAAAUUAAAAAAGGGAAAACGAAGCCUUCACCUGAGUACUAUCCUAAUCAGAAAACAACAGAGCGUAGACAUUUUCUUAAAAUACAUACAUCUAGUUAAAAUGAAUUACAGCAUAGUGCGAUUUUUUUUAAAUUUUUAACAGGAUGAGCAACACUUUAAAAUACUUCAUCAAAAACGUGAAACGAUUACAUGCAGAAAAGCGUUUUGAUUGUUAAUAAAUCAGCAUGCAUACAUACAUACAUACAUAUUAGUUUGAGCGUAAGUGAUUGAAAACAGUCAAAAUAAAUGUUUGAAUAUCAA